CCAUCCUAGUUCUUCACUUGUUCAAAGUUUUCUCUUUUAUUAUUUACUCAAGUGAAUAAGCAUGAUCAAUCCCAAGAAACUCAUCAAGAUGGCAAGGAAGUGGCAGAAGAUAGCUGCCAUGAGGAGGAAGAGAAUCUCUCUACCAAGAAUAGAUGAGGUUUUGAAUGCUGACUGUUGUGGUACAUCAGCAGUGGCAGAGAAGGGCCAUUUUAUUGUUUACAGUUCUGAUAAGAGACGCUUUGUGAUUCCGUUGGUGUAUCUCAACAAUGAAAUCUUCAGAGAGCUUUUGCAAAUGUCUGAGGAGGAGUUUGGAAUACAAAGUGAAGGCCCCAUCAUAUUGCCAUGUGAUUCAGUCUUCAUGGACUAUGUAAUCUCAUUCAUCCAACGGAGUGUAGCAAAAGACUUAGAGAGAGCUUUGAUUAUGUCUAUAGCUUUCAGUAGCUGUUCUGCUUCUUCACACAUCCUUCAAGGACACAACAAUGAACAAAUGCUCCUAUGUGCUUUCUGAAGCAAUUGUGCUAAAACUUUGUAAAUCAUUCGACACAGUUUUAGUUUGACUAUAUACACCAAGAGAAAUUUCCAAGUAUUUUCUUCAUGCUUUCUUUUUUUCUCAAUAAAUGAUAGCAGAGUGCCUCAAAA